AUGUCGCACUUGUGCGAGUGUCCUCUGCGGCUGGAGAAGAGCUUCGUCUUGGACUGCGUGGCGGUGAGCACCAAGGCCCGCGCCCAUGAGCGCCUGAGGCCCAAGCUCUGGUCGGCGAUUCCGCCCUACAACGCCCAGCAAGACCACCACGCCCGCCGGUACUUCCAGAGCCACGUGGUUCCGCCCAUUCUGCGGAAAACCCAACAGGAUCACGGUGGCACAGGAAGAGACGGCUGGAUAGUGGAUUAUUUCCACAUUUUUGGGGAAGGACAGAGAUACCUGAACAGGAGAAACUGGGCAGGGGCAGGGCAUUCCCUCCAGCAGGUGACUGGGCAUGAUCACUACAAUGCUGAACUGAAAACGAUCAAGGGGUUCAAUGGUCGGUUUGGCUAUCGCCGGAACACCCCAGCCCUCCGCCAGCGCCCGUCUGUCUUUGGAGAGGUCACCCGAUUCCCUCUCUUCUAACAGCAUCUCUUUCCUUCCCACCCCUUGACCUGAAUAGAAGACGGAUGUUUAGAUGAAUUCUUAAUGCUAUUUAUAUAUAAACAAUGAUGUUAUUUGUGCCUCCAA